GUUUUGAAUAAUUUUGCAAAAAUUUUCGAAGUCGUGUCCGUUAAAAUCAACAAUUUUUUACAUGAAUUAUAUUUCAUUCCAUACUUUAAAUGGCAGGACGCUUUCAAUUAAUGUCUAGUCUACCCUUUGCUAUAUUUUCUCGUUUGUUUUACUAAUUUUUGACCAAUUAAUAACCAUGUUUUUGGUUUAGAAAUUGAUAUUCAAAUUCCCCGCCAUAUUUUCAUAAUUUGGUGCAUGCGCAGACGUUUUUCCGCGGUGUUAAUACAAUGGUAAGUAUUGUUCAAACGCUUUAACCUGCGCAUGCGCAUUGCAAAUAACAGCGGCGGGAAAUAUCAUGGUAGAAAAUCUACCAAUUACCUGUUCGCUAAAAAAAUUAGCAAGAUCCAACUCUUAUUUUUACCAUAAAAACAAGUGAAAUACUUGAAUAAUUUUCAGUUUUAAAAACGCUUCUGUUAUUAUUUACUGCAGUCACUUACAUGUAAGGAUUAUCUAUAAUAGGAUUAUAGCAUACGCACAAGAUUUACCCAGUCACUAACCAAAUCCUUAUUGGUGGAUGGCGAAGGAUGUUUUUCUUAGCAUGUGGAUUGUCUUAAAUCAAACUAUGACCUAUAUACGGGAUAGCUCUACAUGUUCUAAACCGUCUUCCCAAAUAACAUAUCCAUUAAAGCUGUGGGGAUAGGCUCGAUAAUGAUGCAAACAGAAUGUAUUAGGAAUCAAAUUCGAUUCAGGGAUUCAAGCAAGAUGCAUGCACUUUUUGUCUCCAAUCAGAGAUUGGGUUUUUCUGGUGGGAAAAAUUUCCAUAAACGUGGACAUAUCAUUCUUAGUAAUUUGUUUCCAUUAGGAGAGAGAAUUUUGUGUAACACUUCAGUGCUAAAAAUUGUGAUUCAGUGCCAAGAAUAUGAUUUAGUGUCAAAAAUUAGGAUUGAUCCUGUGCGGACAAUGUAAUUCAGUAUCAAAUAUUUGAUUCAGUACAAAAAAUGUGGUUCAGUGCCAAAAAAGAGUAUUACGUGUGACACUUCAUCAUCUAAUCUUAAUCUUCAUCUGAUCGCAAUAGAAAGUUAGUUUGUAGCUAAUAGUCAGCAAUAAAACUGUAUUUAUUUUGGUCUUAACGACCUGUAAUUUUAUCUUCAGGUUCCAUUGGUUCACAAAAAUUCUUUGAAGGGCAACCAUGCGGUAGCAGGAACUGAAGAAGCAGUGGAUACACACAACAUAGUGAGCGAGAAAAGAAGAGAAAAAAGUAUUGUUCUUGUAGUAUUUUAUGUUGUUCAAUUUUGUUUUUUUAGUCCUCCCUUUGAAAAUUUCACAUAUGAUUUCACAUGUGAAGUGCUCCAAUUCCACAAAAGAAAUAAUUAUUUCACAUGUGAAAUUAAUUUUCACAUAUUAUAACCCUUUACCUCACAUGUGAAAUUUAUAUUUCAAAGUAUGUGAAACUCGAUUCAUAUGUGAAAUUCUAAAUUUCACAUAAGAAAUGAACAUUUUCACAUAUAUGAAAUGUUUCAAUCUCACAUAAAACGGUUUAUACGAAAAAUUAUAACUAGAAGUUACUAUCGCAAGGAAAAUGCUGCCUCACCCCCAAGGGAUCAAAGGCAGCAUGCACAAUUCGCUGACAGUGCAUGAUUCAGCAAAAACUACACUAUUUUCUAGAGAUGGACUAUAGUUAACUGUAAACGAAAGGUUGCCUGUUCAAGCAUAAUAUAAUCUUCUUGAACCACAAGAUCUUCUCUACAACAUUUGAGUUCUGCUAACCAGCAUUUGAACUUUCAUUUAGCCUAGUGACUGAUAUUUCAAUACAUCAAAAUCAUUGUUCCUUCCAUCAUGCAAACAGCCCCUAAGACGCCUGUUCAGGAGGUAGGAAAAGGGCAAUUUGAAUAUCAAACAUCUUGCACAAAGUCGAAGGGUGGCUAAAAGUAGUCUAAUUCUUAUUUGUCCUCUAUUAACUAUGUCUAAUUCUACUUUCUUGGCAUGGGCGGUUUUAUAUGAAUAUCUUCAAUGCUUAUAACUUCUUGCUUUUGUAUAAUUAUAAUACUGUCAGUGGUGAAGUUAGCCAUAGCAACAGGUCAUGCUAUGCAAGUUUUUAAUGAUUUGCAUUAUUCAAAAUUAUAGAUGCAGGUUUAUCAGCAUAGCAUGGCCAGUUGCCAUGGCUAGCUUGCCACUGAAUACUGUACAAUGUUUAUAUGAAAAUACUAAGUCAGGUUUUAUUCCAAUUAUUGUUUUAAUGCCACCUUCAAGGCUGCCCAUAUUACAGAACAACCGAACAAUAUGCUGAUGGGGAGACAAGAUCUAUUUGUUGACAUUUCUAAUUGUGAGCAUUAUCGAAAAAUAUAAAUACACUCUGAAAUGUAGUGACACAGCCAGAUGAAUAUAUGAAUGUGGGCCGAUAGGAUUAUUUCAUAUUAUUUUUCACCCUGCUCGGUUUCCUUUGUUUUUAUCGGGGAAUAUAUUCAAUAUUCCACUCUAAUCAAUUUCCGUUUAAUAAUCCCCUCUAAUAUUCACCAGCAAAUUAAUAAUCCCCUCUAAUAUUCACCUGCAAUGUCUUUGCAGCACAAAAAAAGAGAAAAAAAACAACAUAACGAAGGCAAUAUGGCAUUAAGAAUUAUUUCUAUUCUGUCUCAUGAACGCAACCUCGCAAUGUGAAAAAUAAGUACGUUAUUUUGAGGCACCUCGGGGAUAUGUGUUUAUUCACCUCGGCGCUGCGCGCCUCGGUGAAUAAAUCACAUAUCCCCUCCUUGCCUCAAAAUAACCUAUACUUAUGCUAACAUGGGACAUAAUCUCAGAGGCCUCAAAGAUAUAUACUGUAUAUAUAAACAGACAGUCAUAUCUUUACAAAAGUCAGUUGACAUACGAUUACAUGUAAUUGCUGGUAAGUCAAUAUUUAAAGUGCAGACAACAAUCCACACUGGAUUGCUCUAGGAAUCUUAUUACAGUAAGCCUAAUUUAACAACAUUCCGCGUUUGUUGUUAAACUAUAAACAUCUAGAAGUGAACACAAUAUAUACUCAUCGUCUUGGCACAUAUAUUAAACAAACAAAUAAACUGAGUGCAUUUAGACUCCUUGUAUAAAUAUAAAGGCAUUAUUGACGAAUAGAUCAGGCGGGCUAUUAUUAAAACUGCCGGUACUUUCAUGAAUUAUAUUACUUCAGAACUCCUUAUAAGUACAUUUUGUCUCCUUGAAUAUGACAUAAAAUUAUCAAAUGUUCUAUAAACGACCAUGCAGACAAUGCGAAUCGGAAUUAUUUCGGGCUGUAAGAAGCGCCGUAAACUCAUAAAAGCACAUUGCUUGCCGCCAGAAUGAACGCUAAACAGUUUAUUGCCUUGAUGGAUAUUAGCACAAAGAAAUAAAGCCAUACUUACCUGGUUUCUUCGGAAAAUGUUCGUAUAUUUUGCAGAUCCAGAAUAAAAAGUUUGCAUAUUAUGUGCACGCAAUUUAAUAUUUUUCUCGCACUCCCCCCGUCCGUCCCCCCCCGGAAUUACGACAUCUUAACGGACGGACAGACACAAAUCGAAAUCUCGACAAUACAUAGAUCGGCGCGAAAGACUGGGUCGAGUGAACUCUGGAGAAACCUUCAUGUCAAGAUUAGGAGUGCAUGUGAUACUUUUCACGUCCUUUACUAUGUCUAUGCUAUAAAUUUAAAAUCUUACGUUGAAUCUUAAUUUUCUUUGUUCUAGAACUUACGCAGUCCACGAAAUUCAAAUGAGGAGGAAAUCAUAAUGAAAAACUCAGAUGAGGUUAGGAAAACAAGAGUUAAGUAAUAAAUGUACUUCAAAAACUCAUUAAUAAUUCAUGAAGCAAUUAUCCAAUCUUGAGUAAGAAAUUAGUCACGUGCAUACGUCUUUAUACCAGCUAAAGAACACUUUUAACAAGAGACCAUUGUUAUGCAAACUAUAUAAAGAUUUUUAUAUAAAGAUUUUUAUAUAAAGAUUUUUAUAUAAAGAUUUGACUUAUUAUGCAAACGUUUUUGAAGCCAUUUAAAAAACUCGCAGGUCGUGUUUUAUUCGGUCUAAAGCCACUCGCGCUGCGCGCUCGUGGCUUUAAACCUAAUAAAACACUCCUGCUCGUUUUUAAAUAGUACAUAAAAAACAGGGAUUAUUAUUUUAUAACAAAUAAACGUGGUGUUAAGGUUUUUAACGCUACAGCAAUUCAAAAAAGAGUUUCAUUACCUCAUCAUAGCCAUACCUUGACAAGUCGUAGCACAUUUUAAUCUGGCUUUUUAUCGCAUGCACUGCAAUCAUCAUUGGUGAAAAUCUUGUUUGGCUGAAUAUAUCCAGGUUUCCUGUUCACAACAAGAACUAUGCGAGACACUGACUCAGAGGAGUGACAAGAGUGGCAAAGUGAAAACUCAGUCAGAAUUGGACACAAUUCAUGCGAUUCAGGUAACCAUGCAACUAAUGCUAAAACUGACAGAAGUGCAUAUUUAUACUGAAUAGUUCAACCAAAUUUAUUUACUGUAGAAACAUUUAGCUGUAUGGGUCCAGUUAUUACUACACAAGACAAAACCUUAACUAAACCAUAUUGACUUGCUAUUGCAUGGAUAGCUUCAGCUAUCGGUUUUAAAUUGUUGCCCAAGUGGUCCAGUAAGAGGCCCUUGUUAAUGAUAAGAUUCUUUCAAUUUUAAAAAUAAUUUAUAUAUUAUUCUAAGGUUUCAGCGCCAUCUGAAGCAAAAAUAUCUUCCAUGGGAGAAACUCAGGCACACGGCGCAAGCGGGGAAAACAACUGGGGCCGGUUGCAUAAAAAGGUAGCUAAAGUUAACUGCUGCACAGUUAGUGCAAAAGUCAAUCAAUCGAAAUUGCGUAAUUUACACUUAACUACUAUUUAAUUACUAAAUCGUGAUUAAAAAGUAGUUAA